AUGUCCUUGGGAUUCCCUUUCUACCGACCCACCACUCCUCCUGUUCACUACCAGGAGCUGGCUGGACAGUCGCAUAACCGCAACGCAUCGGACUCCUCUAUAUACUCUAACGAUUCGUCUCCCUGGUCUGCUGUCACCUCAACUACGAGCCCGACGCUAGACUCUCCUCCCCGGUACCAGCAUGGGCCUGCUCUCCUCCCUAGAAUCAGGCAUCAGGACGUUGUUAUCGAACCUCCACCGGCGGCUGGACCGCAGCGUCAUCGUCGGUUCUUGUCUAACACGAGGAACCCGCCAGGAUUCGUUCCAUAUCCACCACAACGUCCGUCGAUCCAGCGCAGUGUGGUUGAGGUAUCAGACAAGCUUGCAGCCGUCUCAUCUGCGAACACUUCUCCUGUCUACAAUUCCUACAACGAAUCAACGCUUUCAUCCCCUGUGAACAUGGUUCCAUCACAUAGGCGCAGGGAAUCUGGCAAGCACUCUCGCUCGGGAUCUGCCUCAAGUAUUGAUGAAGAGACUUUGAAAAGGUAUGGUUACCCAACCUACCGGCAGUUCCCAAAGUAUACGACUCAGCCUCAGCCUUCACCAACCGCACCUAUCACGCCGGCUACACCCAACAUCAUGGUGUAUCCUCCAUAUUUACAGGAUUCCUUGGCCGACCCUGGUGUAGUCAAGACCCAAGAAGCUACUGCGCACGCUCCAGUUGCAAUGCCCGCAUCCCCAUACGGGUAUUCUCAGGUCCCUAGUGCCCAAUGUUCACCCAUUGGCCUUGUUCACCCUACUGUUAGCGCUUGCCCACAGUCGACCAGUCUUCUUUCGUACCUUACAGGCCCUACGCAAGCAAUCAAUCUAGUUCGCAAUGGGCUCACAAAACUAUUGAAGACCGCGAUUCCCUCGAGCCUGACCCCUCCAGCUGCAGUGCAGAGCAAUCGCUUGUCUCCAGACUCGGAAGCUGCACUCAUUAGUCUUGUCCAAGAUAUCUACGCCCCGCGAGUGAAUGCUGCUCUCGGGGUAUCCCUGGGGCCUGACCAUCUAUCUCUUUACCCAGCUCCAACCCCUCGAGCUUCCGCAAACAACAAAAACUACGGUGGACCACACUUUUUGGCCAACUACUCCUCAGACACGGAACAAACUGCCGCAGGUCUACCUCGCGGCCGCCUUGUUGGGAUAGCCAAGAGCUUUGACCGCUGGAACACCGGGAUGCGUAAUGAAGCGCCUCAUCGCCGUGUGGAAUACCUCAACGGCCUUGCCCAUCUCCAGCGAUGUAUGCGCGAACACUCCUGCCGCUACGGUUUCAUAAUUACUGAGAUCGAACUCGUCUGCGUGCGAGCAGGCUGCGAUCCAGGCGACGACGUUCCCUAUUUCGGGUUUCUGGAGGUCUCCGCGCCAAUUCCAACCAACAUCGCAGCCAACGCAAGCGGAUUCGGAGCCGAGAGCGGAUCGGCUGCGUAUGCAUCACCUAGCUCGCCUGCCUCGUCCACGGACAGCUCGCUAGCGAGUCAGUCCCCGCCGCAACACCAUGAGGGGUACUCUCUCCCUGCACCAGAAGCCCUAAACGUUCCCAUGACCGCAAGUUUAGCUUUGUACUUUCUACUCAUGCUCUCCAAAUCCGUGCCCCUCCCCUCUCAACCCUCUUCGCACCUCAAUGUCGGAGGACCCGGCGCGCUCACUCGACAACGGACCCUAACAGAGGGCAAAGACAAGUGGAUUCCCGAGCCGCAGAUAGGAGAAAAGCGCGAUGCGAAGAGGGUAAGAGGAUGGAUCUGGCCGCACGAUGCCUGGCAUCGGCGGGAGGGUGGUGGAGCGCCGAGGACUCGGACGACGACGGCUCCAGCGAAGCAGAAGAAAUGGCACAAGUAG